AGAAAGUAUAUAAACAAUGAUAAAUUAUAAAAACAAUAAAAAUAACAAAAUGUGUUUCUAGGAAACCGAAAGUGAUGCGGUGCUUGAAACAAAUGCAGAGCAUAUUUUGUUUGACAUUUGUAGUAUUUCUCUAGGGAACAGGGAAUUACACUGCAUUUGAAAUUUGAAUUGUUUGGCGGAUUUAACCUCUAAUAUAAUCUAAUAUAAUUAAUAAAUGUGCUGCUAUUUUUAUGUCUUUCAUAAAAAAAAUUAAUCGACAAACAUUUAGAAAUUGUGCAGCAUUCCAUUCGGCUGUUCGUAAUUUAUCAAUGAAGAGAACACGGGCUGUUGCGAAAACAAAUGUAACGGAAAGAGAAAAUAAAAAUAAUGAUACAACGAAAAUAAAAUCAGAGGACUCUGAUCUCCACACUGUUGUUCACAAUUUACAAAAUGAAAAACAGAUUAAUACAUUGGAACCAUCGUCAGAAAAUACUCAAACUUCUGACCAGAAACAAAAGACUAAACUUAACUUUAAAAGUCUAAAAAAUAGACAUAAGAGAAUCAAUGAAGAACUGGAACCAAAUACACCUCCUCCAAAAAAUAAAAGUAGAGCAGUGGUGGAUCUUGAAAUGAUGAAAGCAGAAUUAAAACAGUUAGAAGAUCCUCCUGUAAGUGUAUGGGAGAAAGAACUAUCUUCCAAUAGAUUGCCAUAUUCUUUCUUUGAUUCUCCUUGCGAAGAAUUAGCUCAAAAUUUAUUAGGAAAGGUAUUGGUUCGCUGCUUAGAAAAUGGUACUGUUUUAAAAGGUAGGAUUGUUGAAACAGAAAGUUAUUUAGGAACAAUUGAUAAAGCAUCUCAUACAUAUCAAAAUAAAGUUACUCCUCGUAAUAUACCAAUGUACAUGCCACCUGGUACUAUAUAUGUAUAUAUGACAUAUGGAAUGUACCACUGUUUCAAUAUUUCCAGCCAAGGUGAGGGGUGUGCUGUUUUGAUAAGGGCUGUUGAACCUUUACAAGGUAUGGAAUGCAUGAACAAUCAGCGAACUUCGAAAAAAACAAGUACGUCUAAAAAGACUUUAAAAGAGUUAAAAACUCACGAGUUAUGUAAUGGUCCAUCAAAGCUCUGCAUGGCUUUUCAACUCCAUAAAAAUCACAGUAAAUAUUCUUUGUGUACCUGGAAAAGUUUGUGGAUUGAAAAUGGUGACAUGGAGGACAUAAAAAUUGUUAAAUGUCGUAGAAUAGGAAUAGACAAUUAUGGGGAAGAAUGGACUAAUAAACCAUUAAGGUAUUAUAUUUAUGGUAGCAAAGCUGUGAGUAAGCGAAAUAAAGAAGCAGAAUCACUUCUUGGACUGAAUUAAAUUAUAAUGAAUGCAUGUGAUCCAAAUUUAUUUAUUUUUUUUUACUUGAUUUAAUAUAUUC